CACGUCACUCGUGUGUUCAGAAUCUCCAUCUGGACAAGCUCUUCCAUGAUAGCUUCGGUGCGUCGCCAGCGAUAACGAGACAACUGGGUCAUUGUAUUGCUGGCAAUCAAGCACAACAAUCAUUUGCAUCAUUGUUUGGUCGCCUGCCAACGAAGGUCGUCACUUGAACGUAUUCGAGACUUUCUCUUCCGCAACCUGACGCUUAUCUUCAAACUCAGAUCCUUAAACCUUCCCAGGAACGCACGCGUUGGACUUGACAGCGCAGCACAAGCUAUUGCAACUCCCUGGUCCACGGGCGGCAGCUGCACAGACCCUGCAUCUCGCGGCCCGUAGCCUCAAGUGGCCGACAAGGGAAGACGAACCACUCGACCCAUAAUACGCCCUUCGAUCAGACGAUCCCUUUGUCAUGUCAGGCCCGCGGACAAGAAAGCAGGCCGCCAGGGAGGCUGCCGCCGGCGAGCACGCGACCACUUCCAACGGAGACAGCGGCGCAGAUGCCCAGGGGGAACUAGUGAAGAAUGACGGAAUCGCGGUGAAGGAAAACAUAUUCGCCUUUUGGCCAAACAUAAUCGGCUACAUCCGGGUCGUACUCGCGCUCAUCUCCCUCUACUAUAUGCCGCUGCACCCUCGGACGUGCACGCUGCUUUACAGCAUCUCAUGCCUCCUCGAUGCGCUGGAUGGCUACCUGGCGCGCCUGUUUGAACAGUCGACGCGCUUCGGCGCCGUCCUCGACAUGGUGACGGACCGUUGCACGACGGCAUGCAUGCUGGUGUUCUUGUCCUCGGCGUUCCCGCGCUGGGCCAUCGUGUUCCAGGGCCUCAUCUCACUCGACUUUGCAAGCCACUACAUCCACAUGUACACUACGCUCGCGAUGGGAGGUUCGAGUCAAAGCCACAAGAAUGUGGACCGGUCGAGAAGCUGGAUUCUGAACCAAUACUACACGAACAAGGUCGUGCUGUUUGUGUUCUGCUUUCUCAAUGAGGCUUUCUUCAUUGCUCUGUACCUUCUCUCUUUCUCGAGCCCGCUCUUGUCACCCACUUUGCUGGGACAGGUCCCUCCCGGCGCUGCCGAGGAGAUUCUCAAGGGCAACCGCGAGGUGGACUCAUCUGUCCUGGGGCAAAUCUUUACAAACCCAUACAGUGCUGGUGCUUUAGAGCUCGCGCGCGCGAACAAGAUGGACUCUACCAUCCCUUGGAUUGUUGCUAUCGUCAGCUUCCCCGUCAUGUUAGGUAAGCAGUUCAUCAACGUUGUGCAGUUUAUCAAGGCCAGCAAAUGGCUGGCAGAGGGUGACUUGGAGGCCAGGAGGGCGCAGGGUCUUCCGCGCGCCAAGAAGACGAUAUAACUUUUUGUGAUGGAGCACAUGGAGCUCGAUUCGUUUGUUGGGUGGGAGAGCAAGAAAAUCAUGACGACAUUUCAGAUGGAAGCGAUAUUAUGUACGCUCCAUGAUGGGUUGACAUGUUGUGGAUGGGAUUUCCAUAACAUAGUUGCUCAGGAGCGUUAGAAGGGAGUUGAGAUAAAGGUACAGGUUACCAAGGCAGAUUCGCCCACUUGUCUGGUCUGUACAGAGAUGGCCAAAGGCAUCGACUACAAUGUAGUGAGUAUUGCAGAAAGGCUUUUGACGGGGGUUUAAGUUUUGAAAAGGGAUGAACAGCAUCAAAGUGUUAGCUCGGAUGACGCCUAUCGAUAUUUGGUGUCAUUGUUUGAACAGAUUAGUGCGUUGCUUCCUCAGAGCCGUUACUCGGCGUCUAAUACAC